AUGGGAGGCGACGGUGGUGUAGCGCCAAUAAUUCACUUUGUGUUUGUUCAUGGAGCCUGCCACGGUGGUUGGUGCUGGUAUAAACUCAUCACUCUUCUUCUCGCCGCAGGAUUCAAAGCCACCUCCCUCGAUCUCACCGGCGCUGGCAUCAACCUCACGGACUCUAACACCGUCUUUGACUUCGACCAUUAUAACCAACCUCUCUUCUCUCUCUUGUCUGAAAUCCCUCCUCACCACAAGAUCAUACUCGUGGGACAUAGCAUCGGUGGAGGAACUGUCACUGAAGCUCUGUGCAAGUUCACAGACAAAAUCUCCAUGGUUAUUUACGUAGCGGCUGAAAUGGUUCAACCCGGAACUACCUCUCCUAAUAAUUCAAACAUGACUGUGGGAGAAGAAGACAUAUGGGAGUUCACAUACGGUGAAGGCGCUGAUAAGCCACCCACUGGCGUAUUAAUGAAGGAAGAGUUUAUACGUCAUUAUUACUAUAGCCAAAGUCCUAUUGAGGAUGUAACUUUGGCAUCUAAGCUGUUGCGACCUGCUCCGAUAAGGGCGUUACAAGGUAUUGAUAAGCUGCCUCCAAACCCUGAAGCCGAGAAAGUUCCUCGAGUAUACAUGAAGACUGCUAAAGAUAACCUAUUUCAUCCUAUGUACCAAGACCGUUUGGUGGAGAAGUGGCCACCUUCUCAGUUGUAUAUCUUGGAGGAUAGUGACCAUUCUGCUUUCUUCUCUGUCCCAACUAUCUUAUUCGCUUAUCUCCUCCGUGCUGUAUCUUUUCUUCAAUUAUAAGUUUAUAACUAAAGGCUUUGUUUGAACAUGUCUCAUCCUCCGUACACUAUUAGUAAUCCUAUUAUAAUAUUCUU